ACGGAAGGGGAGGGCAGGCAGCGCCUCGUCGGGAGGGGCUCGCGGCAGCGCGGGCUGUUCGCUCAUUUCCUGAGGGGCGGGGGUCCGAUCGGUGCUCGGAGGGGGAGAGAGAAGGGUGGGCUUGCUUUUGCCGGCGAGAGGACCCCCCCCCAUCCUCCCCACGGAAGAGUCUCGAGCUCUCAGCGGCGGAGGAGGCGCCGUGAUCAUCAUUUGGCACAGCUGCCUGGCUUCAAACUUGCCACUGUCAGGAGAUGGCAAACAUAAAUUGAGGCUCCGGAACGUAACGUGGGAUAACCGCCACCACCCAUCCUUCUGGAAGCUGGCUGAACUAUGACCACCAAGGAAGGUCCAUCAUCUAAUUGGGUUCUCCGCUUCCCUUCACCAUUAGAACCAGGGGUCCAAAUCAGUGUCGAAAUGGAGGAGAGCUCGCCUCCCAUUGGGACCAUCAAGGAGAUCCUCAAGCGCUCUCGCUCCCGCAAGGACCGGAUGGAUCUGCAGGAAGCUGUUGUGAAGCCUCAGUGCUGGGAAGUCCGGCAACAGGUGAUUCUCCCCACUCCAGAAGAUGAGGCAUCUAAGGCUGAUGCACCUGAGGGGAUGCUGGAGGAGAAAAUUGAGACGUGUGUGGUGUCUUUUGAAAACGCCGCUGACCCCAAAGAAGAGAGAGGGACCAAAACGGAAGUGAUGGUUGGCCCAAAUUGCGUGAUUACUAUAGAAGAAGAGGAGGUUGACCCUGAAAAGCAGGAGUCGCCAGAACCUGAGAUUGUGUCAGAUGACGACGACAUUGAGGCCUGUGUGGUGUCAUCUCAAGAAGGCUCUCGAGAGGAAGAGGAGACCCAGCCUAAGAUCAUAGAUGGAGGGACCGUUGAGGACUUCGUUGAGUCUCUCAAACACACAGGUCUCCCUAGAGUAGAAAAGGCCACUCAGACCGAACCGAGACAGAGGGACAGUGCUGAGAGCUGUGAGGCCUCUAUCCAGAAGGCAGCCAACUCCAUAGAGGAAGAGUUAAUGGAAUCUGAGGUGGCAUCUAAGGAGGGUGGCCAGGCCAGUUGGGCUUCUCCCGAGAAACCAGAGGACCCUAAAGGAGGAGGAGGAGGAGGAGGAGGAGGAGAAACACAAGAGGCUUGUAACAGCCCAGAAGCUAGUGAAAAAGGAGGCGGUGGGAAACACCAGGCGGACAUCUUGGGGGAAGGUGGCAUCGCCAUGGAGACCGCCCGCCAGGGUUUCCGGUGGUUUCGCUACCAGGAAGCUGAGGACCCGCGGAAAGCUUACGGGCGGCUGAGGGAACUUUGCCGCCUUUGGCUGAAGCCGGAGAGCCGCAGCAAGGAGCAGAUUCUGGAGCUGCUGGUCCUGGAGCAAUUCCUGGCCAUUUUGCCUCAGGAAAUUCAGAGCUGGGUGUGGCAGCAGCACCCAGAGACAUGUGUGCAGGCCGUGGACCUGGUGGAAAACUUCCUGACAGGCCUUUCUCUGCUUCAGAGACAUGGGGAAAAGGCGCUGGUGACCUUUGAAGAGGUGGGUGUGUAUUUUUUUGAGGAAGAGUGGAGAUUCCUGGAUGAAACUCAGAGGCAGAUCUACCGAGAGGUCAUGCUGGAGAAUUAUGAGAAUGUCCGGUCGCUGGGAUUUCCAAUUCGCAAACCAGAUCUGAUCUCCAAGAUGGAGAAUAGCAAGAACCCGGAUCCAUGUAUCCAAGAUCUCCAGGAGUCAAAAAAAGGAGUCCCACCAAGAGAUACUGAAGAUGCUGAGCUUUCGAGCAAGUCUGACUGUGAGGAGCUGAUGACCGGGAAGGAAGAGAAAGCGGUGGACAGCCCACUGGCUCUGCCGAGAACCAGAAGCGGUCUCAGAAGUGCGGACAGUGCUGUCAAAAGCAGACCUCCCAGCACGGACAGCAACAGGCCCCGCUGGCAUCGGACGGAGCCACGGUUCACAUGCCCUGACUGCGGCAAGAUGUUCCCUUGGCAAUCCGCCUUGGCUCGGCACCAGCUCUCGCACUCUCGGGACAAGCCGUACCGGUGCUUGAACUGCCCCAAGAGCUUCUCCCAGCGCUCGAAGCUGGCCCGGCACCGCUGCCUCCACACCAGGGACCCCUCCUGCGAGUGCCCCGAGUGCGGGAAGCGCUUCUGUGACCGCUACAAGCUGACCCGCCACCAGAAGACCCACUCGAGCAAGAGGCCAUACCGCUGCGACGUGUGCGGGCGCAGUUUCUGCCUCAGUUCCAACCUGCGCCAGCACCGCUGCGUGCACACAGGCGAGCGCCCCCACAGCUGCCCCGAGUGCGGGAGGGGCUUCAGCCGGCGCUCCAACCUCAUUCAGCACCUCCGGGUGCACUGGGUGCAGGGGCAGCAGCAAGGAGGGCCCAGCGGGGAACUCCACGCAGGAGACGCCGAGGUUGGACCAGGCGUGGAGGAAUGGGAAUAUGAGUGGAUUGCAGAUGGGCUGGGUGGCGAGGAGGCAGGUGACGUGCUCUGUGCUGGAAAUAGCGAGGGCGACCCACGCUUGCAGCUCCAGGAGGACAAGGAGACCCUAGAGCUCUGUGUUGGGGAUUCUGAGCACGGGUGGGACGCGGAGCUCCACCGCGGCAAAAUUAUGGAGCUCCGGCCUGGGACCCCUGGGCACCAGCAGAGCUUGGAGCUGUGUGCUGGAAACCCCGAGAGCGAGGAAAUAGUAGAGCUGUGCGUAGGGGAUGCUGAGGAGCACAGAUUGAUUGAGGAGGAGGACGAUGACGAUUGUCUGCUUGUCAGCGAUGGAGGGCCCCUCUGCUCCGACAGCCGGGAGAGUGACCCCUGCCUGGAUCUGCAGCCCGCCAACCAAACCUCGCUGGAAGGGAGUGAGGUCCCCCAGUGCGCUGACUGCGGGCAGACGUUCACCCGGAGCUCCAGCCUUUCCCGCCACCAGCGGAUCCAUGCCACGGAACACCGCCACGCGUCCCAGGAGUGCUGCCUCUCCUCCCAGAUGCCCAGGCUGCUGGCCCUGGACCAGCUCACGCACACCUCGGGGCUGCCCCACGCCUGCCCCGACUGCCCCAAAAGCUUCAGCUACCGAUCCAAGCUGCUGCGCCACCAGCGCAUACACACGGGUGAGCGCUCGUUCCAGUGCGACGAUUGUGGGAAAAGCUACAGCGACCGUUCGGCGCUCCGUCGGCACCAGCGCUUCCACGGCAAGCCUGAGGCCUUGGGGCUGGCUCCCAUGUGGGAUGCCUCUCCUUACUCGCCUGGCCCCGUGGCGAUGAUUAUAUGAGCGAGAACACCACGCAAAUCCCACUGUGGGAAGCGACCGCUUUCUGGUGGGACCCUGGGACCCUAGAUUUUGAUGAGCCGCAUUUGCAUUAGCUUGCUUAACAGUUUGUUCUGACCAUGAUCUUGAGAGCCGUGACUUCCAGGUGGAGAAUUCCAGCUUGGAGUUUUUUGGAGAAAGGGUUGGGAAAAGAGGGGGUUCACACCGUUGCGGAUGGGCGGCUGCGAGCCUGGAGAUCCAAAUAGCCCCCGCUUGCAAAUAUUCGGGGUUGUAGCUUACUCCUAAAGAUACGUUCAAGCCUACAUCCAAAAAGGGUACUUGGGAUUUGGGGGGGGGGAGCCAUAUGGGGGGCAGUUCCAAAGCCCUUACAGUCUUUAGGUUUCUGCUCGGUGUAAUAGGGCACCCCAAACAAUGAGUAUUAUAAACAGAUAAAAGCUUAGAACAACCCAAGAGACGAGCUAGCGCUUCCCACUUGCCGGAACAAAGCUACCUUCCUGGUGCCGGUCACUUUGGAACAGGUAUUCAGGAGCUAGAGCAGGCAUAGGCAAACUCUGCUCUCCAGAUGUUUUGGGACUACAGCUCCCAUCAUUCCUGACCACUGGUCCUGUUAGCCAGGGAUGAUGGGAGUUGUAGUCUCAAAACCUCUGGGGGGCCGAGUUUGCCCAUGCCUGAGCUUAGAGGGUUCAUCUCCAGGGCCACAACAAUGGUCCCCAUCCUAAGGACCGAUGACAUGGAAAGCCUGUACCAUAUCGGCUUGCAGGAUGCUUGUGUGUGUUUAAAUCUUUCAGUAGUUGGUGGAGGCGAAUCUCUUGCACACAGAGAAAACAAGCAUCAGGGGGGGGAGCAUUGUUUUAGAACCUUUCUCCCUAACAUGCCAGGGAAUUGUGUUAUUUUUCUCCCUACAGGGAGCUGUGUAACCCUUCCAGCAGUCUGAAGUGGUACAGCCCAGAAACAGAACUCCCAAACUUAAAGAGUUCUAAGGGUUCAGGAUCAAAGCAAUGCCUCUUUAUUGGAGGCUCAACCAGUCACUUCCUGGCUGUAAUUUUUCACCCUCCAGCUUACCUCCAAGGCUCUCUCCUCAGUUCUCAAGCAUGGUCCGUUGCAAUGACUUGGUUGAGAGAUGGCUAAUGGCAGCUGUUUGUUUGUUUGGUCUCGUACAUGUUAAGUUUUUUUAAUCUGCUGUGAACUCUCUGCCAUGGUUUUCCAUUGGGCAGGGAAGGUGGCAAUAACUACUGGGAGAUUCAGCAUCAUGCGAAGAGUUGUGGGCUGCUUGAUGUACAUAUGGAAAAUAAAAUAUAUUUUCCGUUUUUUGUUUUGUUUCCAUAGCUUUCCUGGCUUAAUCCAUUGAACUAUUUUUUUUUUGUCUGUAACACAUACAACCUCCUUCCAUCUGGUGCCCAAAGCGAUGAAAGGGUUACUCUUCCAUUUCUGGCAGCACAGAGUUCCAAUCAUAACCUUUAGGGCAAUUGUCUGGCUUAUGGGAUUUGCUUUUUUUUCGAGUGGUCCUGUGUACCUCACUUUCUGGAGCCAGGUGUGAAACAGUGGCUCAUUUGGGCAAAUAUCUGUGAAGAAUUAAGGACCAGGGUGGCUCUGAGCAUGCGCUGUAAGCCCAGGAAUUGCUGAACCAUUCGUGGAGCCAAGCACACAAGUUCGUUUCUGGUUUCCUCCAAAGUGUUCCUUUUUAACAACCCAGUUUGAUGAUGAUAAUAAUAAUAAUAAUAAUAGAGGGAGGCUUUUUUGUUCUUGCUUUUAAAAAUACAAUUGGGAGGCAGAACCCCUUUGCCAAUGUACUGCAAGUUUCCUAGAGCUGUAUGAAUGGUUGAGGGUCUAUGUAUUACCCACCUGCUCUUAGACCACGUAUUGGCAAUUAUGUUUCUCGAAGGUUUAUAGAAAUCAAUAUUACUAGCAGUCGUAGGACCUGGAGGCUGAUUUAGCAGAGAUGGACUAGGGGCCUCUGCUCCUAACUCUGACAGGUAAACCUUUAUAAACAGGUGAAGUAGACAAAACUUGAAAGUUUAAAAACAUUUUAGUUCGUUAGAAGUUAAAAAUCUCGAAAAGUUUUUAAAAAGCUAAAACCUUCCUUGGAAACAUCCAAAAUGUUUAAAAACAUGGGUAAGCUUUAGAGUCCAACAGAACUCUUCUUCGUCAGGCUGGAUCCUUGCUGCUGACUCAGGGUGCUAGCAAACGGAAUAAGCAGGAAGGUGGGUCUGGGGUCUCUUCGGGAGCCUUUAAAGGGGAAUGCAUCCCAAAUAAGGACGUACUCUGUGAGGACAUGGCUGGUCUACUUUCUUCCCACCUCCUCCAGCUCCAUAUUUAAGGCAUAGCUGUCAACUUACGCAUUGGAAAAUAAGGGACCAGCAGCCUCACCCAGCGGCGCGGCA